AGUGAUUGGGAAUCUCACACUGACAUUCAGGAGAAACAUGGGAUCGGGUCCCGAUCAUUGCACUCACCGCAGCGUCAGUGUUGCUUUCGGGUCGGAUGUUUAGGCGCAGUUCGGGACAGUGUCACUGAGUGUGAGAGUCAGUGUGUAAGUGAGUGUGAGAGUAAGUGAGUGUGUGUGAGUGUGUAAGUGAGUGUGAGUGUGAGGCAGGGGAUGAGCACUGAGGUUCCCUGUGAGCUCCCGGAGCUGCUGCAGAGCUUCACUGUGGCGGCGCUCAGACACCGACCUCGGGAUUUGCUGCACUUCGCGGUUCAGUAUUUCUCGCAGUUACUGAGAAACCGAAAUGACGGCGACUCCGCGUCCGGAGUCCAAACCGUGAACCGCGAGGAACCGAUGCAGACGGACUCCGAGACCAGUGAGGAGGAGCUUGAAGCUCCAGUGAUAAACAGAAUUACAAGACGAGUGUCAGUUUGUGCAGAACCUUACAAUCCUGAUGAGGAAGAAGAAGACACAGAACCUCGGAUAAUUUGCCCCAAAACUGAUGAGCAGCGAAGACGACUGCAAGAGGCAUGUAAAGACAUUCUUCUUUUCAAAAAUUUAGACCAGGAACAAAUGUUUCAAGUAUUGGAUGCUAUGUUUGAAAAGUUAGUUAAAGUUGGUGAACAUGUCAUUGACCAAGGAGAUGAUGGUGAUAACUUCUAUGUUGUUGAAAGAGGAACAUAUGACAUCUAUGUGAAUGCAAAAAGUGGAGCAAUGUGUGUUGGUGCUUAUGAUAAUCGAGGUAGCUUUGGUGAACUGGCCUUGAUGUAUAAUACUCCCAGAGCAGCGACUAUUAUUGCUACUUGUAGUGGAGCACUGUGGGGUCUGGACAGAGUAACCUUUCGUAGAAUCAUUCAAAAAAACAAUGCUAAGAAGCGGAAAAUGUACGAAGCAUUUAUUCAGUCUCUACCACUUCUAAAAUCUCUAGAAUUAUCAGAACGAAUGAAAGUAGUUGAUGUAUUUGAAACCAAAAUGUACAAAGAUGGGGAACGCAUCAUUUCUCAGGGAGACCAAGCUGAUUGUUUUUAUAUCGUAGAGUCGGGAGAAGUCCGGAUCACCUUGAAGAGCAAGACACAACGUUAUAUGGAUGAGAAUGGAAUAGAAAUAGCUCGCUGUACAAGAGGACAAUAUUUUGGAGAACUUGCUUUGGUAACAAAUAAACCGCGUGCAGCUUCCGCACAUGCUGUAGGAAAGGUGAAAUGUUUAGUUAUGGAUGUCCAAGCUUUUGAGCGAUUGCUUGGUCCUUGUAUGGAAAUUAUGAAGAGAAACAUUGCAAAUUAUGAAGAGCAGCUUGUGGCCCUUUUUGGAACUAAUAUGGAUCUCACUGACCCAAGUGUGUGAACAGGAGGGUAGACUUUGUGAACAUUCACUGUUAAAACUGACUUCACCAUUGUGGUUUUUCCACUGAAAAGUACAUUUGAAUUAUGUAGAUGCUAAGCA